UUUUAUAGAGAUUGGCCAGGGUUUUACUCUAGAAGCCAAUCACUUCAGAACAAGGAUGGACCAAUCGAGAAGGCUCGCUUUCACUGGCUGGGAGACUGUGUCGCAAGGGAAGCGUUUAAAACGAGAGUAUCCGGGAUUAUUUUUCCCCGCCGGUCGGUGCGUGUCCCGGAAGUGACGCAAGGCUCUGGCCGGUCGGCCGCCCUGCCCCCUCUUCCUUUCACGCUGUCGCUGCCUGUAGGUGGUUGUGGCCACCGUGCUUAGGAGGAGGCGACGGCGGCGAAUGAUGCCUGGGAAACUUCUCUGGGGGGACAUUAUGGAGCUGGAAGCACCCUUGGAGGAGACCGAGAGCCAAAGGAAGGAGAGGCAAAAGAGUGAUAGAAGGAAGUCAAGGCACCAUUAUGACUCAGAGGAGAAAUCAGAAACAAGAGAAAAUGGGGUUGCAGAUGACCUAGAUGCUCCCAAGCCUAAAAAAGCUAAAGUGAAAGAGAAGCUAAAUGGAGACACUGAAGAAGGAUGUAAUAGACUUGCAGAUGAAUUUUCUAAAUCUCGUAAGUCAAGAAGAAAAGAUCUGUCAAAUGGAGAUAUUGAGGAAUAUGGGAAAAAAUCAAAGCGAGUGUCAUCCUUAGAUAGUUCUACUCAUAAAUCAAGUGAUAAUAAACCAGAAGAGAGCCUAACACGUGAACAGAAAGAAGGAGCCUUCUCCAAUUUCCCUAUUUCUGAAGAGACCAUAAAGCUUCUGAAAGGUAAGGGGGUAACAUAUCUCUUUCCUAUUCAAGUUAAGACUUUUGGUCCUGUAUAUGAGGGAAAAGAUUUAAUUGCUCAAGCGCGGACAGGAACAGGAAAGACAUUCUCUUUUGCCAUCCCCUUGAUUGAAAGACUCCAAAGAAAUCAAGAAACAAUUAAAAAAAGCCGUUCACCAAAGGUACUUGUUUUGGCUCCUACAAGGGAACUGGCAAACCAAGUAGCCAAAGACUUCAAAGAUAUAACUAAGAAACUCAGUGUAGCAUGUUUUUAUGGUGGAACAUCAUAUCAAAGCCAAAUUAAUCACAUUCGAAAUGGUAUUGACAUCUUGGUUGGGACCCCUGGUCGUAUCAAAGAUCAUCUGCAGAGCGGCCGAUUAGAUCUUUCUAAACUGCGCCAUGUUGUGCUUGAUGAAGUGGAUCAAAUGUUAGAUUUAGGUUUUGCUGAACAAGUUGAAGAUAUCAUCCACGAAUCCUACAAAACUGAUUCUGAAGACAAUCCUCAGACUUUACUUUUUUCUGCAACUUGCCCGCAGUGGGUAUACAAAGUUGCAAAAAAAUACAUGAAAUCCAGAUAUGAACAGGUUGACCUUGUUGGAAAAAUGACUCAAAAGGCUGCAACUACUGUGGAACAUUUGGCCAUCCAGUGCCAUUGGUCUCAGAGGCCAGCAGUUAUUGGAGAUGUCCUUCAAGUCUACAGUGGGUCUGAAGGAAGGGCUAUUAUUUUCUGUGAGACCAAAAAGAAUGUAACUGAAAUGGCUAUGAAUCCACACAUAAAACAGAAUGCCCAGUGUUUACAUGGGGACAUUGCACAAUCACAGAGAGAAAUUACACUGAAAGGCUUCAGAGAAGGUAGUUUUAAAGUUUUGGUGGCAACUAAUGUGGCUGCCCGUGGUUUGGACAUUCCUGAGGUUGACCUGGUGAUUCAGAGUUCACCUCCCCAGGAUGUUGAGUCCUAUAUUCAUCGCUCUGGACGCACAGGUAGAGCUGGCCGGACAGGGAUUUGCAUAUGUUUUUAUCAACCAAGAGAAAGAGGUCAACUAAGAUAUGUGGAACAAAAAGCAGGAAUUACUUUUAAACGUGUAGGUGUUCCUUCUACAAUGGAUUUAGUUAAAUCUAAAAGCAUGGAUGCCAUCAGGUCUCUGGCUUCCGUUUCUUAUGCUGCUGUUGAUUUUUUCCGACCAUCAGCUCAGAGACUGAUAGAAGAGAAAGGGGCAGUGGAUGCACUGGCUGCAGCAUUAGCUCACAUCUCUGGCGCAUCAAGUUUUGAACCACGAUCUUUGAUCACUUCUGAUAAGGGGUUUGUGACCAUGACUCUGGAAAGCCCAGAAGAAAUUCAGGAUGUCAGCUGUGCUUGGAAAGAACUUAACAAAAAGCUGAGCAGUAAUGUCUUGUCCCAAAUUACCAGAAUGUGCCUCUUAAAAGGAAAUAUGGGUGUUUGCUUUGAUGUUUCCACAGCUGAGUCAGAAAGGCUACAGGCAGAGUGGCAUGAUUCCGACUGGAUACUCUCAGUGCCAGCCAAGUUGCCUGAAAUCGAAGAACAUUAUGAUGGAAAUACAGCUUCCAAUUCCAGACAGAGGAGUGGCUGGUCAAGUGGCCGAUCGGGCUGGUCUGGUCGGUCAGGUGGUCGAUCUGGUGGCCGGGCUGGUAGACAGAGUCGACAAGGGAGUCGGUCAGGAAGUCGACAAGAUGGUAGAAGACGAAGUGGGAACAGAAAUCGAUCAAGAAGUGGGGGCCACAAACGGAGUUUUGACUGAGAUAGUUAAUCUGUCAAUGUGAGCUUGCCUGUUGCUGCCUAAUCAUGUACAUUAUCCACCUAAAAAUUAGGUCAUCAUAGUUGAGGUAUGUGUCUGCUACUUGCAAAGAAGUUGGUCGUAUUUUUUUAAAAGUAUUUCACAAGAAUGGUUGUAAACAAAUCUACUUAUCCAGUUAAAACUUUGAAUAAAAAAACCUCCUUUUAUUGUCUCUUUUCA